GCUCGGCGAGUGGGGUGGGACUUGGGAGGCAAGUAGCGCUCGGGGACUGGGCUGUGACGCUAAAACUCGCGAACGUUCUAGAGGCGCCGCGGGCGAUAGGCGGGCCCCAGUGUCACCGAAGGCAGGCGGUGCGCACAGGUUGCGGGCGCUGCGAGUCGUGGGGUCCUGCUCAGCGAGCGGUGCGACGUUUCCUGUUUAUAUCCCCCGCGGGGCUGUAUCUCGUUCCUUGCCUGGCCCAACCCGACCAUGGCUUCAGCUGUGGAGGAGCUGCAGAAAGAUCUAGAAGAGGUCAAGGUAUUGCUGGAAAAGGCCACGAGAAAGAGAGUGCGUGAUGUUCUGACAGCUGAAAAAUCCAAGGUUGAGACGGAAAUCAAGAACAAGAUGCAGCAGAAGUCACAGAGGAAAGCAGACGCUCUCGACAGUGAGAAGCCGGCUGCCGUGGUGGCCCCCGUUGUGACGGGCUACACCGUGAAAAUCAGUAAUUACGGAUGGGAUCAGUCGGAGAAGUUUGUGAAAAUCUACGUCACUCUGGCUGGCGUCCAUAAUGUCCCCACGGAGAACGUGCAGGUGCAUUUCACAGAGAGGUCAUUUGAUUUGUUGGUAAAGAAUGUCAACGGGAAGAAUUACUCCAUGAUUGUGAACAACCUCUUGAAACCCAUCUCUGUGGAAGGCAGUUCAAAAAAAGUCAAGACAGACACGGUGAUCGUCCUGUGCAGGAAGAAAGCGGAGGGCACAAGGUGGGACUACCUGACGCAGGUGGAAAAAGAGUGCAAAGACAAAGAAAAGCCUUCCUAUGACACGGAAACAGACCCUAGUGAGGGGUUAAUGAAUGUUCUAAAGAAAAUUUAUGAAGAUGGAGAUGAUGAUAUGAAGCGAACCAUUAAUAAAGCCUGGGUACAGUCGAGAGAGAAGCAAGCCAAAGGAGACACAGAAUUCUGAGGCUGUAAAGCCCUUUUGGGAACUGUGAUAUGGAAAUACUGAUGUUUCGAUGAGGACACGUUGGUGAGCCGCACAGAUAAAUGUAACCGAUAACAUUAUACAGAGUCAUCUUCUAAGUCAAGGCAGUGAAUUCUCCUACUGGAGGGUUUAUUUAAAUAAAAUACUCUUAUUAAAUACUUCCUCUAAAGAUGG